AUGAGCUCAGAGGACGAAUCCGGCAGAAUUGAGGACUAUGGGACUGCUGUGCAGGCGUCGCUAGUUGUCUUGUUGGCGGACAGUCACAAAUGGAUGGCACUCAAAUUACUGGCAAGACAUCAUGAGCAGCUGGACGAGCCUACUACCAUCUUCCACCCUACAACCACUCCCGCGGCCAAAGCCAAAGCCGAAGCCACUGACGACAGCAACUACCUGCAGUCUCUGCUAACUCUGACUCGAGAAGCGGGUGCUUCCAUGCAAUCCGAUGAGAUCCGAUUUGCGUUCAACGACCGCAUCGCCGAGUUCACUCUGCCGGUCUCGGUCGAAGAGGGUGGUGCCGGAGACAGUGACCGCCCGUGGCCUGCAUACACGAUGACGGUCGAUCUGGACAGCAGAGACGUUAACGUCGCCCUGGAGUCAGAUCUGCGUACCGUUCUGAACCUCAUACCGUACGAGAUGACGCCCAGCGAAAGAGGAAGUAUCGAGCUUUACACGAGGGUGGCCACAAAGGGUUUGAUGCAGGCGAUGGUUGCGGGACCGUUGUCUGUAGAACAGACAGCUGAUAGGUCAGCCGACGACCUGAUCGACGUGCUCAUGAUCGAGGCUGCUCUGCUGAACAUUGGAGAGGGCAGCCAGAACGAUGCGAGAGAGGCUGGGGAUCAGUCAGAGACUGAGAUGACGGCUAGCGAGUCCUAG